AGGUGACCUCACAUCUGUCUGGCGAGAGUGGCGAGAGUAGCGCAAGAGUGAGAUGGAGAGGUCCCCUGCGUCCUUCACGGGAGGAUCCUCUCCUACUUCAUCCCCCCCCCUCCCUUUCCUCUUUCACACCGCGUCUUCCCUCUUUCCGCCACUUUUCCCGCUUACCCCCCAUUGAGAAACUCGACAAAGUCCGCGUCGAGCCGGGGACAGAGUUUGUCAUCAACGAGUGCGCCUGCUUGGAGAAGAGACAUCCGUUAGGAAUAGCGCUCGAUUGACGUGGGUCGGGUCGGCGCGCUUUGGCUAGCCAGACUGCAUCACAGCGCGAUGAGCAAGGCGAUCCACUUUCCUUCCCCACCUCAUCGACCUCCAUCAUCAGUACAGGAAGGAGCAGCGACCGAUCCGAGCUUCAUCGCAUUCAGCAGCAGCCCUAGCGGCGACGAGGAGACGAAAACAGCGGCCACUGCUACAGCAGCGUCGCCGAGACGAGGAUUCAGCAAGCCAUUUGGGAGGCGAGCGACACCAAAGCUGCUGCUCAAAAAGGCAACCGCCAACGGCGACGAAAACCUUGUCCCCCCUUCGCCUCCGCCAAACGUGCCGCUGCCUCCCACGCCAAAGGACACGGCAAGCAGCAUCACGAACGGCAGCGUAGGACACGACAGCGACGUCAACUCGGUCGACGGAACAACCGUGCUCGGCUCGCCCAGCUCGUCCUAUCGAUCCAAGCGGGCCAUCAAGCACCACCGCUCAACGACGCCUGACCUUCCAAAGGUCACCUUCGACGUCGGUGAGGCGCAACGCAGCAGCAACGGCCACCUCGUCGUAGUUCCACACCGAUCGAGCUCCACCAAUCUCAAAAAGGACAGUGAACACAGCAAAGACGCUGGAUUUCACGCCGACGACGACGUGAUCCACUUCGUGCAACCAAACAGCGCCGAUCAAACGGGAGCCACCCUUCAGCCAGAAGGAACAGGCGAGUCUCACGAGUCGCCUAGGCCUUCAUUCACCUCGGCUAUGGAGCGGACGCUGUCGGAGCAGUCAAUUCUGAGCAACAACAAGUCUUCGUCGCCCGGAAAGAUGAACAACAAGGCCGAUUCCAACCGCGGGGUGGCGCCGGUCAAGGAAAUGCCAUUGGGCUCGACCGAAGCUUCUGGUGGCGGCGAUGUGACAAAAUCAACCAACAAUGAAUCACGUCGACCGCUUUCAAAGGAGCAGUCCUCAGGCAUGGUCAGAGCCGCGGCCCAGCCUGUCGAUAAUGGUGCAGAGGGCAACAGGUCCGGCGAAGACAGCCGCUUACCCGAACACGAGUACGAAGAGGACGAAGCAAGGGAAGACGACCAGCUCGAUUCGGACGAAUACGCCUAUUCUGAUGACGGCGAUACGGCUCAGCCCCAUGGCCAGGAGUCGGUGCCGGCGCCGUACGCGGGCGUGCGCUACAAGACAAAGCGCUUCGACGACUACGAAGGAGAUGGCGUCGGUCUGGGUGUCAUGACCACACAGCAGCAACCGUCUCGCAACGGCGGAGUGCCCAAAUGGCUGUCCGAAGAGCCACAGUUCACGUACGGGUCACGCCCCUCCCGGCACGAUAGUCGUACCAGCGCGAACGAUUCUAAUCGCCGAACCAAGGGCGGCCUGAGGGCAGCGGCCGGCUUUGUGGGCUCCCAAGGCGCCCUCGCGCACACCGACUACGCUGACGACGUGAUGAGCCCGGGCUUAGAGACUGGACCUCCGUCAACGAGGGGCUUCAAGGCGCUGAGGCACGGUGCACCGACUAACGACAGCCGCAGCACCCUGGGCCAAGAGCCUAUGUCUCGCAACCCUUCUCAUACCAACGUGUACCGUAAGUCUGGUUUGCGCUCCGACUUGGCCGACUGGGCUCCGUCUGCGAAACCCAACCCGCACAUCAACGACCCGGCCUUUGCCAGCCACAAUCUGCCCGAGUGGUCUUCGCUCCGAGCUGGUGACCCAACCUCGAAGCCAAUCAGCCGGAUCCGCCGCGACCUCGAUUGGUCCAUGCGGCGCCUCAUGAGCGAAGACACCUUUGAGAAGCUCAUUGGCGAUCCACUCGGCCGCUACCACUUUCGGCAAUUUCUCGUCCAGCAGACAGGCACCGAGAACAAGCUCGAUCUCUACUUUGACGUGUGCCAGUACGCAAAGCAAACCGAGGCCGUCAGGUCGGCCAGCGAUGCCCUUCACGAUGUGUAUCUGGCUCUGGACUCGGAGUCGCAUGUCGACCUGCCCGAGAAUCUGGCCUUUGAUUUCUACAGCACACUCCGGAAGCAAUACGAGCUCAAGACGACGGUGGCACCCCUGCAGCGUCACCUGCUCCAGUCGCUCUACAGAGGCGAAUUCCAGAAUUUCGUCAAAGCCAAACUCGUAGAGCACAACAAGGUCCGCCUCGGCACCCUCAUGGAUGAUUCUGCCGGUGGCACAAGCGCCUCUGGCCUGGGCGACUGCUUCUGCCUGACAAACCCAAGGCUGCGAGAGAAUCCAAUCGUGCUCGUCUCGCCGGGUUUCACCGCUCUGACGGGCUAUCCGGCCACGUCGAUCAUCGGUCGCAACUGCCGUUUCCUCAGUGGACCGGGAACAGCACCCAACAGCAUCCAGAGGAUCCGCGACGCCCUCAACGCAGGCUCAUCUUGCACCGAGCUGCUACUCAACUACAAGCGCGAUGGCCAGCCCUUUUUCAACCUCUUGACCAUCUUGCCUCUUCGUGACGCCACUGGAAAUCUGGUGUACUUCAUUGGCGGACAGACGGAAGUGACCUCUCAGCUGGCCAGUUCCAAGGGCCUCUCUUGGCUCCUUGGAGGAGGCGACGAUGUCUUGCCAGUAUCGGUCACCGCGGCAGCCCAGCACAACACCGUUAAUGGUGUAGAGGUCUCACCUCAGAUGGCUCGCUACCUGCAAGAAGCCGAUCGCAUGAAAGGUUUCGCCUCUCACGAGGACGAUGCAAGCGAUGAUGGCUUCAGUAUGGCCGGCGGCAGCAGCUACAGGGGCGACGGCGACUUUGAUGGUCCUAGCCUGGCGAGACCCCGCAUGCCAGCCAGCCGACAGAGGUCGCACCGCACAAAGGCAACGGCAGCUGGCUACUAUGACCCCAACGCAUCUUCGGGACCUGCCGCAGACCAGAUGGUGCCCGAUUUGGCCCCUUCCUCAUCGUCUAGUUCCUCCAGGCGAAGCGAUGCCGGUGGCGCCACGUCUAGUGUCGGUCUCAUCUCCCGUCUCUUUGGUGGCGGAGGCAGUAAAAAGUCAAAGGGUGGCAAUCAGAAACAAAUCUCGAGUGGUGGCGACCAGCAAGGUCUGCAGAGGCUCGCCGGCGCUGAGCAGCUCUUCCAGCGUGACCCGCAUUCCCUCGAAGACCAGAUGGACUUCUUCUCAAACCUCUACUCGAAGCUUAUCAUCUUCAAGCGCGCCAAACGUGAGGUCGUGUUUGUCACGCGCGCCGCCAUCACCUACUUCAACCUGCCCACCACGACGUGGUACGACGUCCACUCCUCGCCCCUCGUCCACGCCGAUUUGCUCAGCCUGCUCCGUGGCAGCGACAAGGCGGAAACCAAGUCGAUUCGUGCCGCCGUCCAGGAGGCCAUCCGGCAGGGCACCCACAUCUCCAUCCAGACAGCCGUCCGCACUCCGCCAACGAGCCGCAGAAAUGCCAUCCUCGACAAGGUGGCCGAGUUUGGAAACACAAAUGGCAAGACGCCUGUCGAUGCCAACGGCGAGCCGCUGAGGUUCACGACGAUGCACAUCACCCCACUCAAGGAUCGUGAGAACGCCAGCUUUGCCUUUGUCGCCGUCGUGGCGUGAAAGCAAGAUUCUUUACCCUCAAUUCGUCUUCUCUUUCCCUUUUUUUACGCCAAAACUUUCGUUUCUUUGUCACACUCACUCGAUCAUACUCCCACACUCUUCAUCUGUUCCAUACACGGCUAGACUCGGCCUUUUCUAAGGGCCGGUCAGAGAUUUCGUUACCUUGAAGAAGCUUUAUAGCAGGCCAUAACAGAGAAUACAUAACAAUCUUUCGCUGUG